CUUGAAAUUGACCCGCUUAAAGAAUAUCUUUACGAUUCCCUCUCACUCUUAUCAGAAACAGAGAAACACAAAAAUGGCAGUGUCAACAGCGACUCUAUCCAUCGGCGGCAAUAUGCUCUCCGGCCAGCUCCGGCGGUGGGAACCUCACGAAUCGAAGCUCUUUCAAAAACCCAGAAAGAAUUUUGGAUGGUUUUGCCUUAAUGAGCUCCAUUUGCUAAGCUACAGAACCAAAACCUUGAAUUUCAACCCAAGAGGAGGGUUGCUGCCUCCAUUUCAUGCUUAUGGCAAAGAAGCUGACGAUUCCUUUCUCUCGAAUGCAAAUGAAGACACUGAUGAGAUUCUCGAUGAUUUGCUGAAAAAGUAUGGAAAAGUAGUACUCAGGAAGAAUGACCAAAAGUCUCCAAGCGCUGAGCUUGAUGAUGAUGCUGACAGCUUAUCAUUUGCUGUGGCAAUGGCCAAGGUGGCAAGUGACGUGAAGGCUGCAGAUAUAAGGGUCCUCUUUGUGAAGCCUCUUGUGUAUUGGACUCGGUUUUUCAUCAUUGCCACGGCAUUUUCUCGCCCUCAGAUUGAUGCUAUUGGAUCUAAAAUAAGAGAUUUGGCUGAGAAGAAGUACGGAAAAAUUCCAUCUGGAGAUACAAAACCAAACUCUUGGACACUUUUAGACUUUGGUGAUGUGGUUAUUCACAUAUUCCUUCCUCAACAACGAGCUUUUUACAAUUUGGAAGAGUUUUAUGGUAAUGCGACACUAAUUGAGCUGCCUUCUGAAAACCAACAACCAUUUCGCAGUUGAAAGUGACUAAUUCUGAAGGAACCAAAAGCACUGGCAGACAGAACUCCAUUGUUGGAGGUGUUUAUCUCCUCCAGGUUCAGUUAGCACUACACGCACAUCACCUCAAUCCUUGCAGGGAGGCUGGAUCAGGAACUACAGGGGGCGCAGUUCCAUCACUGGUACUUAUCAUUCACUAAUCACAUGGAGCAGUUGGCAUCAGCACUAUUAUAUGUUGUGCUUGUAUUUUCCCGGAUGAUGCCCUUAAUUAUUUGCUUAAUAGGGCUUGUAAAUAUAAUAGCAGCAGGCAGUUAUGCCGUGACGCUUGAUGAGUUCUAACACAGAUUCUCAUUGCUUUCUUUGUGUGUCUUGUGGUGCAUAACUCUUUAAGUUUGAGUUAUAGUCCAGAGGCUAAAGUUUGAGUUAAUAUCGGAAUCAUUAGGCUCUCGAGGCACAUCCCACUUAAGUUUCCAUUGAUGAAUGUCAAACAAGCGUUUUCAGAUCUUUGGGGAUCUGAGGAAGGAGGAACUGGCGCCUUUCUUCAAAGUAAAAUCUCAUCCAUAUUUAGCUUGACAUUGCUAUGCUGGCCAUUUACAAUCAAACAAAUAUGUACAUGCCAACCAAAAUCCAUGCAUUGAAUAUAUGCGGUCUUUUCUCCAAGCGGGACCUUCCAAGUAGAGAGCAAUUGGAGAAUGUUAAAAGACUAAUGAAGUUUCAUUUGUUAUAACCAAGCACUUUGCUCCAUGCACCAAACAAUAUCAGAGAUGAAUAUGCAAAGGCUGCUUCAUCCCCCAACAACUGUAUCAAAAACUGACAGGUUGAGAUCAUUAAUUCCACAUAAAUAAAAAUGAUUCAAGAUGUAUUGAAAAGCAAUCAAGUGGACCUGUAUCCUCAACCAAUGCCAAGUCCUUAAUCCCCAUUCAGAUGAAUUGGUGCAUGGAAAACCCCCAAGCAGUGUCCACAAAGUUCAAAGUGCCCAGUUCUUGACAUAUAUAAUUAU